AUGAAGUCUGGCACUCAGAACAUCACACCACAGGAGCCGCAUUCUGGUAAGCAGCGGCUAGAACCACCGAAAGUGGUGAACAGUCCCCCUUGGUCAGAAUUGGCACCUCUGGACACAGCACCAUCAAUUCAGCAGACCAGACAACUGGAAAUAACCAUUUUGGCCACGAUGAACGAAUUAAAGGACCAGAAUAAUAAAACCUCUGCCGACGUGGCUAAACUGGUAUCGGUUCUCAACCAAUCACUCACUGCUAUCUCGCACUGGUCAUUGCAGGCACAACUGUCGCAGUUGGAAAACCGAUCGGCGUGGAAUUCCCGACUAGCGGUGGAAAAUAGCAUCAUCAAGAAAGAAAUGGAGUUUUUUCGCAAUAGGUGUCGGAAUGAAGCACGCGAAUCAGUCAAUAUAUUGUCAGGGCCUGGUUCGCCAUCCGUUCCGGUAGAGUCGGCAAAAGUUUCCAAAUCAACAAAGGCUUCGCUUCACAAGAGACACAAAUCCCAAAGCAAUUCAAGUCCGUCUCGUUUGAGGCUUGUUGAGAACAAGAAAUCUCACCCGCGAAUGCGAAGGACUAGUGAUAACCCUUCUGCUAGUAAUUUCGUUAGGGUAUUUCAUUUGGAAAGGUCAUAA